ACGACUCGUUCUCAUUGUUCCGAGUAAACCGAACAGACCCAAUCAGUCAUGGAUCUUCCUCCGGCGGAGAGACAGAUGGCCGCCUCGUCAGCACCAUCAUCGGCGGUGCCGGCCGUCUCCACGGCACCCGUGAUCACUGUGGCCUCGCCGCCCACGGGUGGUGGUGGAUCGAUCUCUGGUAACGGCGGAGGCGGCGGCGGCUCGCCGUGCGCAGCGUGCAAGCUCCUUCGGCGCAAGUGCCAGCCGGAUUGCAUGUUUGCGCCCUAUUUCCCGUCGGACAACCCGCAGAAAUUCGUGCACGUGCACCGCGUCUUCGGCGCCAGCAACGUGAGCAAGAUUCUCAACGACCUCCAGCCAUUCCAGCGCCAGGACGCCGUGAAUUCGCUCGCCUACGAGGCGGACAUGCGUAUCCGCGAUCCCGUCUACGGCUGCGUCGGCGUCAUCUGCAUCCUUCAGCGCCACCUCAGUCUGGUCCGGCAAGAACUCGCCUGCGCCACCUACGAGCUGUCCAAGUACCGGCAGGCUGAAGCCGCGGCGGCCUCUGUGGCCGUGGGAUCCCAUGGUGCGGCAGCGGCAGCAGGGAUGGCGGAAUUUGUAGGGAACGCAGUGGCCAACUGCCCACAAACCUUCAUGGAUGUCAGGCACUCCACGGCGGCGGCGGCGAUCGGUGGAGCUGGCGGGUUCAUGCAGGAAGACAACUUCUCCAUGCAGCAGAUGCUGGCCAUGACCUACGAAGGUGAAGGCAGUGGAGCUGCGAGGGUGGACAUGAACGGAGGUGGAGGCUAUGGCUUCACGUACUCGCCGGCCGCCGCCAUGGGCGCCGUCGAGCAUGGUGCAGUGUCUGGAUUGGGGCAGCAGAACAAAGGGGCACAAUUCCUGAAGCCCAGCAAGACCGGCGGGGAUGACCAGCCACGCUGUAGUCAAGUCUCUCAUCUUUGUCAGCAGGUCAUGACUCCUGAAAACAAAGAUGCCACGCCAUCUAAAUUAAACGUUUGAUGAGGACACUUGAUGAGGACGUGAAGGCUAAAUUAAGUGUGAUAUACAAGCAUUAUAUAGACAGUAAAAGAAACGAGUCCUUUUGUUUUGUGUUUGUUGGUUUAAAUUAUUCCUGAGGUACUUCACAAAGUCGACCUGAAUAUUGCUCCACAUGUUUGUGUUUGGGUUUUGUUGCUUUGUGUAUAUGGAUCUUUG